UGGAAUAAAUUUGAGAGCCUUCUCAAGGUAAGCUUCAUGACCAGCCGUAUGAAAUCACUGAAAUAUCUGGACAUGAGCAACAACUUGCUGCGCCACGAUGGAGCUGACGUACAAUGCCAAUGGGCUGCGUCUCUGACAGAGUUGGACCUGUCCUCCAAUCAAUUGGCAGAUGCCGUCUUUGAAUGCUUGCCAGUCAAUAUCAAAAAACUCGACCUACAAAACAAUCAGAUCAGCAGUGUCCCAAAGGGACUGGCUGAUCUAAAAUCCUUGGAAGAGCUGAACCUGGCAUCGAACAGGCUGGCUGACCUGCCGGAGUGCAGUGGCUUUACAUCCCUGCAGUUCCUGAACAUAGAGAUGAAUUUGAUCCUCACCCCAUCUGCUGACUUCUUCCAGAGCUGCCCAAGGGUCAAGGAGCUACAAGCUGGGAACAACCCAUUCAAGUGUUCCUGUGAACUGCAAGACUUUAUCCGUGUGGAGAGGCAGUCAGGGGGGAAGCUGUUUGGCUGGCCAUCAGCGUAUGUGUGCGAGUACCCGGAAGGCUUGCAAGGCACGGAGCUGAAGGACUUCCACCUGAGUGAACUGGCCUGCAAUACGACGCUGCUGCUCGUGACAGCCCUGCUGCUGACACUGGUGCUGGUGGCCGUGGUGGCCUUCCUGUGCAUCUACCUGGAUGUGCCCUGGUACGUGCGGAUGACGUGGCAGUGGACGCAGACGAAGCGGAGAGCUUGGCACAACCACCCCAAAGAGCAGGAGACCGCUCUGCAGUUCCACGCGUUCAUUUCCUACAGCGAGCACGAUGCGUUGUGGGUGAAGAACGAGUUGAUCCCAAACCUGGAGAAGGGGGAGGGCUGCAUACAACUGUGCCAGCACGAGAGAAACUUUAUCCCCGGCAAGAGCAUUGUGGAGAACAUCAUUAACUGCAUUGAGAAGAGCUACAAGUCGAUCUUUGUGUUGUCUCCCAACUUUGUGCAGAGCGAGUGGUGUCACUAUGAGCUGUACUUUGCCCAUCACAAGUUAUUCAGUGAGAAUUCCAACAGCUUAAUCCUGAUUUUACUGGAGCCGAUCCCUCCAUACGUUAUCCCUGCCAGGUAUCACAAGCUGAAGGCUCUCAUGGCAAAACGCACUUACCUGGAGUGGCCGAAGGAGAGGAGCAAGCAUGCCCUUUUCUGGGCUAACCUGAGGGCAGCUAUUAACAUUAAC